UGAUUCGGAGGAAAGAAUUGCAGCUUAUCCGGAAGUGCUAGCCUACUGAACAAACUCAACGAAAAUAACUCGUUUGUUUAUCUAUCUGUCUAUCUAGAGAGAGAGAGAGAACGGAAUGGGGAGGGGAAGCAUUUCCUGAUUAUAAGCCCUCUCCUCAGCCUGCAGGUGUUUAUUCAACACUUUCACUUGUGAAGCACAAAACGGGUGUGGAGUAGCUACUCAGGUUGUCUGUGUUGUAAUGCGAAAACCACUAGUCCAUUAACACACACACACACACCUGCCUCCACCCACCCACCCACCCGAACAGCAAGGCACCACAAGAAAGGACCCGGACUCCAUCAAAUGAGGAGAAGACGAGGAUUACAGUGGAUUUCACACAAGGUCAAGCUUGAUUAAGAGCCAUGAGAAAGUGUAGCCCUUGGACGUUUCUUCCUGUGAUGUUUUCAUUCUUCACGGCAGCAGGCUUAUGGGUUGUCUAUUUUAUAGCAGUGGAGGAUGAUAAAAUCACACCACUAAGCUCUGAAUAUAAGAAAUCCGUUUCAAAGCGUCCUCCGUAUAUAAGCAUUGCUGGUGAUGCUCCACCUGCCAGCUGCGUUUUUAGCCAAGUCACGAACAUGGCAGCUUUUGUGGGCUUCAUCCUCGGAGUCCUCAGAUACUUGCAGCUGAAGCCAAGAGUGCCCAAACCCUGGCUUAACAUUAUCAGUUUGGUAGCUCUGUCCCUGGCCUGCUUUGGCAUGACCUUGGUUGGGAAUUUCCAGUUGUCAAAUGAUGAGGAGCUCCACAAUAUUGGCACAUACAUGACGUUUGGCCUCGGCACAUUGUUUUGUUGGAUCCAGUCAUUCAUGACUCUAAAGGUCAACUUGAGGAAUGAAGGCAGACGAGCUGGUAUACUCCGCUUCCUGUUGUCUGGAGCAGUCACUUUCUGCAUGCUGCUUUACUUUGCUCUACUGGCUCAGCGUCUGCACAUGCACGCCGCCCGGGCACAGUGGGCACUGGUCAUGUUCUUCUUGGGCUUCCUGGGCACGUUUUCCGUCGAGUUCCGUCACUACCACUUCGAAAUUGUGUGCAGCGAUGACCAGGAGCCUCCAAUGAGCCUUUCAGAGACCUUCUCUGAAGUUUCAGAGUACCAAUCAGACCAGCUAUAGGACUCCUCUGGUUCUGUUUCUAUAGCAGUAUUACGACAAUUUCCAUAAUUUCUUAGCGUCAAAUAAUAAUGCAUGUCUGUGGAAUGUAAUCUCUCUGAAAUGAGCACGUUUGUGUCUUGCAGGUAGACGACAGAAGAAAAAUUGUGAGAAGCACAGAUGUCAUGUCUGAGUCAGAGCAAGUUUUUGUAUUGCAGUUGCCAUGAAGUGUUUUACAUGAGAAAUGUGUGUAUAGAUACCGUAGGUACAUAUUAGAUAUAUGACUAGACAACAUUUGUAUUACUUGGAACAGAUAGUAGAUCAGCUACAAGAAACCAAGUAUAAAUGGAAACGUACUGUAGGUCCAUGCCUGAAACGGCGUUUUAAGUAUACAGUUUUAAACACUUGUUCUUUGCACAUUUUAUAUCAAGAUCAAAAUAAAAAGUAACAACCGAAA